AUGAGCCAGCUGCUCAUCAGUGAGGUAAUUCUCCAAGUACUUAGGCCUCACUCUUACCCUAUCACCACGCCGCAAGGGAACGUGAUCAGCUGGCUGCUGGGAAGGGGCAGCCGCCGGGGAGUCCCAGGUGAAGGCGCGGGCGUGGACGAGCUGGGCGCAUCCGGCGCCAACCCAGCUGGGCGUGGACGAGAAGGUGAACACGCGGGGGCCGCUGUUCCAAGCGGCUGA